AUGAAACCUAAAUUGAUUCUCUCUCUGCUAUCUCUAAGCAUGAAUUGUCAAUUUUCAGUUGUUGGUGCUAUGAGUUCCAACAAGAAGAGUGUGAUAAGUGAUCUAUCAAAUGAGUUGGUUUCCACCAUCUUGUCGAAUCUGCCAACAAAAGAAGCUGUAGCUGUGUGCUUUCUCUUGCGGAAAGGAGCUUGGAGGAAUAAAAUGGUGGAUUUAUCAAGGCUGGAGUUUUAUUUUGAUAAUGAUCAAGAGGAACACAGUUUUGUGAGAUUUAUCAACACCUUUUUGAUGCUGAGAGGACCAAGUAAGCUAGAUAGCUUCUCUCUAACUAUUCACAAUGGGAUGCAAGAGGAAGGAGUGCAAGAAGAAGAAGUGCAGGAAGAAAGGUUGGAUAGUGAUGUGGUAAAUCAUUGGAUACACUAUGCAUUAGAUAAUGGAGUUGAAAGUCUGGAAAUUAGGAUCCAUGAAAUUCUAGAAGUCUUUGAGCUGCCUCCAAGAGUAUUGCUGCAGGAUUCUCUUGUUGAUCUCAAAUUAGGUGCUAGCAUAGGCAGUAUUAGCAUAUAUGGGAAUCAUGAGAUUGUUCUUCCAAAAUUGAAGAAAUUGUGCCUUGCUGAUAUUGGAUUUGGAGACAGUGCAAUGUUUGCCAGCCUGAUUUCAAAUUGUCCUGUGCUUGAAGAACUGCUGAUAGAAGACAUGAAGUGGCAAACAUGGGAAGCUUGUGUUGUGAGGAGCAAGACUUUUGUGAUUGGAAUAAGUGGAGUUCGAAAACUUGAGGUGUCUGAGAACACGAUAGAGGUUCUUGACUUAAAGCGUGGAUCAAUACCGCAGUUCAUGAACUUGACUCAGCUGCAGAUCAAGAGUUUUGAGACCAUGGGCUGGGGAUCUGUUCCAGAACUUCUCAGAAACUGUCCAAGUUUAGAAGAACUCAUCUUCCACGGACUCUUCCACAUGACUGGAGAUGGAUGUGGUGAUUAUCAUAGAGACUCCCUCUUGCCUGCUAACAUCGCCAGUGAAAGUGCUGAAGAUUUACUUGAAGGCAAAGCUUCGAUAAACGUCGCAAUAAGCGUAGAGUCCGCUUAA